GCCGGCUGUUUUUGGGGAGUGGAGCUCGCCUUUGCGCGACUGCCAGGCGUGAUCAGCACCGAGGUAGGUUACAUCGGUGGAUCAACUCCCCGGCCAACGUACAGCGCGGUUUCGAAGGGCAAGAGCGGCCACGCAGAGGCUGUUCGCAUAAUCUUUGACGCGAGCACCAUCGGCCUCACGACACUGUUUGGUGUCUUCUUCGACGUCCAUGACCCGACGACGCUCAAUCGACAGGGCAACGACGUCGGGACUCAGUAUCGCUCUGCGAUCUUUUACUCUGACGAACGGCAGCGCCUCGCCGCGCAGACCGCCAUCGAGCGCGAGGCUGAGCGGCUCGGCACGCCGCUGGCGACGACUCUCGAACGCGCCGACACCUUUUGGCCGGCGGAGGACUAUCACCAGGCGUAUCUUGAGAAGGGAGGCCAGUCGGCCGCGAAGGGCGAGCAGACGCCGAUUCGCUGUUACGGA